AUGAGCUCGAAGAAAGAGAUGAAAUUGGCUGUCAGAGCAAGAGUGUGCUAUAACCUGGACCGAAAGGAAAUGUGGCCAAGGUAUAUUUCAUCUCUCAAAGCGAGAGAUCUAGGCUACAGCUCCGCUAGAGAGGCCGCCUUCCUCGUGCGUAGAGUGCUGGUCGCAACAAUAGAGGUUGGUCUUGGAUGUCUGUUGGUGUCGACGUUGCCGUUCCUUGCCUACUCCAUCGUUUGUUUGAAUCCAAUGAAGUCCGACUUCAACAACGCCGAAGUUGACAAUAAAUAG